UUACAUGUACAUCUGAUGUUGUCAAAUGACAGAGAGCAGCUACAAGAAUUAACCAAUGAAAACGGAGCAUUUCGGAGGUUUUCCGCUUUCCCCGUAGUUCUUUGACAGAUCCUACUUCAGAUUGAGAGAAUUCAAGAUGGCUGCUACAGGUUCUAAGUAAAGAGGCUAUUCCCCUGGACCCCACUGCAUGAAGUUGUCCUGAGGUUGCGGUGUUGCUAGAGCAAGUACUACAUCCCCCAGCUCAACUUGCCUCUAGUCAUGUCCUCCACCUCUUCCUCCUACUCCUCCUCGGGGGAGACUAGUCCGGAGGAUGUACCCCGUGGUGGGGGCACCAUCAGAGUCUACCUCCCCAACAAACAGAGGACAGUGGUGAAUGUUCGCCAAGGACAGACUGUUUACGAGAGUCUAGACAAAGCGCUCAAAGUGAGAGGCCUAAGCCAAGACUGCUGUGCUGUAUUCCGCCUUCUGGAAGGUCGUAAGAGACUGACUGACUGGGACACAGACAUCACUCCUCUGGUUGGAGAGGAGCUUUUAGUAGAGGUCCUGGAUGAUAUUCCCCUCACCAUGCACAACUUUGUACGAAAAACAUUCUUCAAGCUAGCUUACUGUGAUUUUUGCCACAAAUUCCUUUUUAAUGGCUUCAGAUGUCAGACAUGUGGCUACAAAUUUCACCAGCACUGUAGUAGCAAGGUCCCUACUGUGUGCGUCGACAUGGAUACUGUGAGCAAACGCUGUGAUCCAAAUCCUUGUACAGAUGAGUACCCACAGAUACUGCUGCCAGAGAAUUCCCCAUCACAGAGCAACCUAGCCUUAACCCCAGAGCCUCCUGGGACGAACCUCUUGUCCCCAACCUCGGCCUUUCGCUUCCCCAUGCCUGGUGGAGAUGGCCAGUCUCUACAGAGGCAUCGCUCCACCUCCACUCCAAAUGUUCAUAUGGUCAGCACAGUGGGACCUGUUGGUGCCAGCAUCAUAGAGGAAGCACUGAAAUUCAACAACACAAUGGGUCCUGAGCCCUCACCGAAGCCCUCCACCAGCCCACCCUCUUCUCUUGGCUCUCCAGGUAGGAGACCGCCAAAGUCUCCUUCAGAGCACAAGGAGCGCAAGCCCUCCUCCUCUGAAGACAAAAAGAAAGUGCACCGAGGGGGCUACAGAGACUCAAGUUACUACUGGGAGGUCCACUCUCGAGAAGUCACCAUUCAGAAGAGAAUAGGUGCUGGCUCUUUUGGAACCGUCUUUAAGGGGAAGUGGCAUGGAGACGUGGCUAUUAAGAUCCUUAAAGUCACAGAGCCAACGCCUGAGCAGUUACAGGCCUUCAAAAAUGAAAUGCAGGUCUUGCGGAAGACCCGCCACGUCAACAUCCUGCUGUUCAUGGGCUACAUGACUAAGCCCAACUUUGCCAUCAUCACACAGUGGUGUGAAGGCAGCAGCCUGUACCGCCAUCUGCAUGUCACAGAAACCAAGUUUGACACUAUGCGGCGCAUUGAUGUGGCCAGACAGACAGCACAGGGCAUGGAUUAUCUUCAUGCGAAGAACAUAAUUCAUCGAGAUCUGAAGUCAAAUAAUAUUUUUCUCCACGAAGGCUGGACUGUUAAGAUUGGCGACUUUGGCUUGGCCACAGUGAAAUCUCGGUGGAGCGGCUCUCAACAGGUGGAACAGCCCAGUGGAUCUAUUCUCUGGAUGGCUCCUGAGGUGAUCCGAAUGCAGGACAGGAACCCAUAUACAUUCCAGUCUGAUGUAUAUGGCUAUGGAGUAGUGCUGUUUGAGCUGAUGUCAGGGACCCUGCCGUACUCAAAUAUCAACAACAGAGACCAGAUUAUCUAUCUGGUUGGACGUGGGUACUCGUCUCCAGACCUCAGUAAGCUGUAUAGUACCUCACCCAAGUCAAUGAAAAGGCUGAUAGUUGACUGCCUGAAGUUUAAACGUGAUGAGAGACCCCUGUUUCCACAGAUCCUGGUGGCCAUUGAGCAGGUGCAAGACCUGCUGCCAAAAAUUGAAAGGAGUCGCUCAGAGCCAUCGCUCCAUCGGGCCGUCCACGCUGAGGACCUGAAUCCCCUCCUGUUUCACACCACCAGGCUGAUGCCACUCUAAACUCCCUGCAGCACUGGGCAGAGAGGCUGUCACCCUGUCCCAUGAGCAUCUUUGCCUCAUCAAGGCCACAGCUAGCUGUCCUGACAGACCACGACCCCCCAACUCACUCUCUGCCCCUGCAGAGCCCCGGAGCUGCACCACUCAGUAACGAACUGCAGAAACAACAUUGACAUGUUGUUUAGAGCGAUAGUGAAUGUUAAUUUCUUUUAUACUAGUGACAAAUAUCUGCUCACUAUGUGAAAGAACGGUCAACUGUAUCUAGAAGUAUGUUAAAGAUCAGGCCAACGGUCUGGUCAGGUCGACUUAAACAGGUUGACUUCCAUGAGAGACGUCCAUUGAGUUGUUCUGAUGAGAAAUGUAAAAACAUCAUGCUUUACAUGUGCACUGAAAAAUUGCGCUGCCCAUUUGCAGCAUGGUCAAAACUUUUAAUCUGUUUAACUCAGCCAAUAAUGCCUGUUGGUUCAGGCCACCUGAUUAGCUUACAUAAUUCAAAUGCUCAGUGGUAAUGCGCCUCUUUCAGUGUAAUGCAAUGUAAAUGAGGUCAGAGUGAAGCUAGUGAUUUCAAAGCGGAUUAAGUGCCUGUUUGAGAAUGUUUGAUUGUUUAUAUAUAUAUGACAUUUUGUCUCAUUGGGAACCUCCAUUCAUUACUGAAGACAACUAUGUAUUUAACCACAUCAGCAAACCAGCCUGAGGAGGUAGCAGGAGAUACACUCGGACAUUUAGAAGCUUCAUACACUGAACUAUGCAAAAAAGGAAAAUUAGUGUCCUUAGUGAAACUGUCUCUGCACAUACACGUUGCAGUGACAGACCUGGCAAUUCCAGCUGACCUCAAUUGACCUGUCUUAAGAAUAACUUAUUUUACAUGCACAAGCAGGCACUCCUUUGUCUUUCAAAUCAUCAAGUUCAUUUUGAACCCAAGCUUCCAUCAAUGUUGCAAUAAAAACUCAAGCGCCAAAAGAGCAUUUGACCUUUGGAAGUUGAAGAGACCCGGUCAAAUUGACUGUAAAUCCAAUCAGAUAUUUAUUAGUUCGAGAUGUGCUCUCUUAUUCAUUUUAAUUAGUCUUAAAACUUCAGUGAUUGGGGACAAAACAACAUGGCAAGUUUAACUGGUUUCAGCCAGUUUCUUUAGAGUAACUGAACCAUAAUAACUGAAUAUUGCUGCAUCUCAAUCUCCAUCUUAUUUUCCUGACCACUGGAAUUACCAAAUACAGGAUCGAGUUGUUAGGACCAAUAUUCUACACAGAAGAAUCUUUCUGAUACUCAACAUUUCCUAAAUAUACAAUCUUUCAAAGUAUUCCCAUAUUUUAUUAACGCCAGUGGGAAGGGACAUAAAAACUAAAACCAAAAAAAAGUUAAAUCAACACAGGACUAAAACCCAGGAGAAUAGCUGUUGGCUGUUGACAGGAUGUUAUUUAAUCUAAAAAUCAGUUUGGUCUGACAGUUUGAACACGGCAACAAUAUAUAACUCUGAAGGCUUUCUAUUCCACAGAUUCAUUCUCACUAGUUGAACGUCAUCACGCUCCAGGUUGCUGGUGAGAUGGCUUUUAUUCCAGUGGUUUCCUAAAUGAUUCUCAUUUUAGUCGAAUGAGGAAGUGACAGAUCUGAGUAAGAUGCAGUCUUGAUGUAAAUGAUUAGUUAUAUUGCUGCUGCGUUUAGUGAGAUUUUGAUUCAGUUUUUUUUAAAGAAUGACACUUGUUCACCCCCAUGGCACAUGGUUUCAACACAUAAUUUACUGUCCCAUCUUAAAAUGUAUUUUUUAAUUCUCUCAAAUGUUGCACUUUGGAGUUCUAUAGGUCUGUGUUUGCUGGAGAAGAAUGUGUUAACACUGUGACUGACGUGGUAAUAGGUUGCUUUGGUUUGGACGUUCCAUGGCAGGAUUAAGACGUGUAAAUAAAGAUUUACAGAUGCCUUCAAAUUAA